CAUCUGGCUAUGGACGUUCUCCAGGGCAGCAAACACCAGCGGUCUGCAAUUUCCACCAGCCUACUACCCCUCUCUUGGACUGUCUGAUUAAUUUAGCACAAAUCGAUUGGAGGAAUUGGAGAUGGAGCUUGCCAUAUCGGUAGCAACAGGUGAACUCGUGAGCCGAUUUGUAUCCUUCUUCGCUAACAAGUACCACUCCAGCCGCGCAUACUCUGAAGAGAAGCAGCUGAAGAGGCUGCAGCUACUGCUCCUGAGAGCUCGCACAGUCGUCGAGGAGGCGGAUGGGCGAUACAUCACAAACUCCGGGAUGCUGGCACAACUCGACAUGCUCACAGAGGCCAUGUACCGAGGCUACUGGGCACUAGGGGCGUUCAGGUACAGGUCACUUCAAGAGACUACAAUGGAGGAGGAGCAGGUUAGUGACUCAUACCCUAAACGUUUUCGCACAGUUCAUGGCAGUGCUAGAAAGAAGAAGGAAACGUACCUUGUCGACUUGCAAGGAGUGCUGGAGAGCUUAGAGUAUGUGGUUUCUAGCAUGAAGGAGUUUGUUGUUCUCUUGGGUGAAUGCGGCCGUAUGCUGCGUCGACCAUACGAUGCGUAUCUUUACAACGACAACAUCAUGUUUGGUAGGCACGCCAAAAAGCAAAAGCUCCUGAACUUUGUGUUGCAGCAAGGCCCUCCCGGUGGUGCACUGGCUAUCCUCCCGGUCAUCGGUGGUCCUGCGGUUGGCAAGAGAACUCUGGUUGCCCAUGUAUGCAAGGAUGAGAGAGUUAGCUCGCAGUUCUCUUCGAUUUUGCACCUGAAUGGGGAUUCUAUUUGUAGAAUCGGAGACCAUGAUAGUAUCUUGUCGGGGAAAGUAUUGGUAGUUGUUCAGCUUGUUUCAGAUGUUGACCAGGAGGACUGGGCCAAGUUUUGUUCAACCCUGGCAAGCAUGGACAGUGGAAGCAAGGUGAUCAUCACCAGCUGGUGUAAAAGUUCAGAGAAGCUGGGAACAGUCCAGCCAAUCUUCCUCAACACCCUGCCAUAUGAGGAGUUCAGCUACCUCUUCAAGACACUCGCAUUUGGGAGCGUGGACCCAGCACAACACCCAAGGUUAGCACAAAUAGCAGACGAGAUGGCCAGGGAGCUGCAUUCGGAUUGGUCGCUCAUCGCCGCGAACUUGCGCGCUGAUGUGAUGAGAAGGAAUCUUAAUGUCCAUUUCUGGCUCUGCAUGUUGUGCAGGAUGAGAAGAUUUGUUGAGAGGAACUUCUCCAUGUUCGGGGAGCACCCACAGUUGCUCAUUUUGAGACGCCAUCAGAUAGAUGUUACAGACUUCUUGCAUUCUUAUUCCCCACUCCGUAUCCUACCAUCUUGUACCACUGGCAGCAGCCGAACUGAGAUUACAGAGGAAAGGCAACUACUACCGAAUGUGAGGCUUGGGGAUCUGGUGGCGGAUCCUGGAGCUAGGCCACAAGGUGAUUUCAACGUCAUUAGUUGGGAAUCAAGGGUGCCACCUUACACUUCAUUUGUUCAUUUCGUUCCAAGUGGUGCUCCAGGUGUGGCUGAAGAUACCCCUCUGCCUGGGAGGAAACGUUCAGCAGUGCAUUUGUAAGGCCUUUUAAUUUAAAGGACUUCUAUGGAUUUUAUAGCUAUAUGAGCAUACAGGAUUUUGGUGAUGUACCGCAAGUCCACCUCCUCGAUGACCAGGCGAACUCUCAGCAUGAGUUGUUGUAGCCUCUCCAUCUUCUCCUCCGAGGAUGAUACGUGAUAUGUGUACUUGUUCAUCAGAAAAGCAAUCAGUCGACUCGCGAUAUCGCCCGUGACAGCAGAUAUGGCGAGCUCCAUCCUGAGAUCUCCUGAGAUGUGGUGUAUGAGGAAAAGAUGCAGUUUAUCCUACAAGGGUAUAUAUAGAUAUUCUGCACAGCCAAAUACCCCCUGGUCAGCUACAGCAUAUCAAAGGUGAUGUCAGGGACAUGACGAUUUUUUAUAAUGUGGCAGGAGAAAAGACAUUUCUCCUUUCGUGUGAACAAGCUUUUUGGUACUGCGGUGCCUACAAAGUAUCCUGGGGUGAAAUGAACAGACUACCAUAGUACCUACACCAGCUGUUCCAUCACGUUCAAAACAAUGACUACAACAUGUGCAUGUAUAUCCAUAGCAGCAUAGCAAGCUGUAAAUCCAUAACAAAUAGUGCUAAUAAUACACAGUACAACUGACAUAAAAACUGGGUUGCUGUGUCUUAACUCGUAAGAUAAUGGCACUAGUGUUGUUCACAGUCAACUAAUUAUAUAUGCAAAGAGGCAGUUUAUGUUCUGGCUCACCAAAUGCACUAUUUACAAGAUUACAUAGUGUAUUUUGCUGCUAA